AAGAAAUCCUGAACAGCUGAUUAGGAAAACAUCAACACCAACGCCAUAGCCACUGCCAAGAGGCAAAAACGAAGAAGAACUAGUCUGGCGAACGUCAGUUGUCAAAAGAGGAAAGCAAAAAAAAACAUUGUAACUGUCAUCGAUGCAGUCGAUUAGUCACCGCUGUUUUCUCUUUUCGAUUUUGUGUAAAAGUGGAAUGUGUAAAAUUUUUCGUUCGUCAAUGGCCGAAUGGUAAUACAAUUUAGCGUUUGUUUAUGCAUUCCUGAGGCGGUAGAAUUUUUGUGCGCUUGAUCUUCCUCCCGGAACGGAAGCAGCAGCAAUGGAAAAGCUGUCUUUGUUUAGCAGUUUGCAAAAAUCGAUAGAUUCCCUGAAGGCGACCGAAUGCAGCCAAAAGGAAAAGAUUGCUCACUUCGAGCAGAUAACGGAAACGAUUGUGGCCGUGAGGAGCGGCUCGUCCAGUGCACUCUUCCAGAACCAUUUGAGCGCCGCCAUCGGAACGCUGCUUAUGUUCUGCGAGGAGUCCGAUUCGAGCGUGCGAAUGAGCGCGGAGGAAAGUCUCAACCGAAUCGUUCGCUUCUGCGAAGGCCACGGUUGCAUCGUGCGGAUCCAAGUCGAUCUGUACCAUGAGAUUAAGAAAAACGGAAACGAGAGAUCGUUGCGGAUAUGUUUGGGUCUGUUUGGGCACUACUGCGCUGCUAUCAAGCAGCGGAAGGGGAAAAUCUACGCUCAAAAUUUGCUGCCCUGUGUUUACGCCAUUUCCAAGCGAAGGGAAACGCUGGUGUUGGAAAGUUUGGCCUCGUUUGUGAAAAUAUUCACGGAGAAGUUGGAAAGUUAUAUGACCGAUGGGGAGGUUCUGAAAAUGACGGAACUGUUCGUGGAGGAUUUGGCGGCCGAGUGUGCUACGAAGCGACGGUGCGCUUCGCAGAAUAUCGACGCGUUUGUGGCUGGCUCUCGCUGUCCCAGUUUCUAUGCUAACAAUGCCUUUAACCGGUGCAUCGAGAUGCUACUUAAGAAUCGGGAUCAUAAUGCAGUGCUUGGUGUGUUGACUUGCUUCCGGGGCAUUCUGCCGAUUGUGCUGAAGGACUCGAGCGUGGAAAAAUCGAUCGAAAUCUUGGAUCUCGUCGUGCACUUUCUCAAAGAUGGCAAUCACAGUGUUGUCAAUGAAGCGCUGGAAGUGAUUGGUGUGAUUCUGGGCAAUCUUCCGCGCGCCGCUAGGGCGGUGUUGCUUUCGAACGAACUCGAUCACCGGAAGUUUCUCUUGAAACGAAAAACACUUAAAAAUUCAGUUUUCAAGAUAAAUUUGAGCGAAAGCUUGCUGAGCUCACGCAAAUCUAGCACCGAUGGACGGAUAGAGCUGCUGAAACCAGCGAAAGCGUCGCUGUUUCUCCAGGUUGAAUCCACACCGACAAAGUUCAGUCCCGGGGACGACAAAUCGCUUGCGUCCGCUUCCGAUCUGGAAAUGGACUCCUUUCGGAACAGCCCGGAAAAGAAAUCCGAACCAGGAACCCCAAGUCAGCCGGAUUGCAGCACUCCGAUCAAGAGUCAGAAAUCGGUUGACUCUUUGGGUUCCUUCAUAAACACAUUCCUCACGACAAGUUCCAAUGCCGGCGAAUCGGUGAGCAAAUUUUUCCGUAAGCCUUUCGAUUCGACGGUAUCGACAUCCGGUGCGGCGAUUGCCAAGGACGCCGAUCUCGUCCGGGGUGGUGGGCCCGAGGAGGACGAUCUUUCGUUAGAAUCGUUGGCCAGCAGCCAGAUAUCGAUGCUCAGCAGCAACACGGAAACGAUUCGGAACGAGUUGGACGUGACGCCAGAAAUCGAUGAUUCCGUGGUAGGGACGGAGGAGACAAUUACGAUUGGGGGGAACGGAGCAGAGGAGGUAACUCUGCCGGAAGCGCAAGAUGGGUUGAGUAAAUCACGCACGGCUUCGAUCGCAAGCGCAAUGGAAGAGAUUGCCGAUGAGGCGGAACCUCCGACUCGACAGAUAUUUAUAGGAUCCAUCCAUGAGCAGAAUAUUGUGGACUACACGGUUCGACUGAUCGCCUCUAAAUUCCUGCUGUCGGGAACGCCGCACGGCCUAAUUCCGGACUACUUAAUAAGAGUAUCGGUGAAAAGUAUGUCCUUGCAAAUCAUUGCCCAGUGUGUGCAAUUGCGACCAGAAAUAUUGCUGCUUCCACUGGAGAAAGACGAACCGAAAGAGGAGUUUGACAUCGUGGAAAUACUGAGCCUAGAGGACGCGAUCAGGGAGAUUACGAACGAAACGAUAUUCGAGACUGAUGAGUACUCACCUACGGGCGCUGCAUCGGGGACGGCGGCAGCUGCUGCUCCCGAAACGGAAGGUUUGCUGGAGAUGGAAGAGGAUCAUUUCGGCGAACCGAGUGCGACCUACUUCGAGUACUUCUCGCCGAUGAGCAUCAGUCUGGAUCAGGGACUGAGUUCGCUUAAAACGAAGCUAAAGCUGGUAGAGGAAAAUUUUAGCACCAUGGCGACGGAUAACCAGGAGAAGCUGAGUAAGGAACUGGAUGCGAUACUUUCGCAGUCGGAUUACAGUGGAGAGGUGGCACGGCGGGGUGAGCGACGGAAGGAGCUGCUGGUUGUCCCUAGGGUGAUCACUAGCAAGGGUGACGUGGUGGAGAAGCGGCUAGUGGAGUUUGAGAGACACACUGGUGACCAGCAAAUGAUCGCCGAUGUGCUGCUGCUCUAUGAUCAUCCUGAUCAGACACUCAGAGGGAAUGUUCUGCUGAUCGUGGGUAAUUUUCUCGAACAGGUGUUCAAGCGAUGUUCGAAUGUAGCGGCCUUUCUUGGAAGCAGUGACCUAGAAGUCACGUUGAAGUCGUUUUUGAAACAAGAUGCGCUACUUCAAGUUGUUCAGCAGGGCUUCUUCGACGAGAUACACUCCGUAGUUAUCCAGGCACUGAUUACAUUCGAGCAGAUUUUUUCCGUUUAUUGUGACACCCAACCGUGUGGGAACAUCUCGAACAACCAGCCAAAUCCGGAAGCUCACUGCGAUGUCAAUUUCAAACCACCUCCAGAGGAAAACCUCUUCACGAGUAAUCGAACGCCACCCCAAACCAAUCUCGAGCAACUCAUCGAAGGCCUGCUGCUGACGUUCCCCAACAGGUACUGGCUUGUGCAGCGCAAAAUCUGCGAUGUAAUUGUCGCGCUGGACUAUAACAAGCUGCGGGCGGUUGUUGGCAACAAGAAGGCAAGAGUUAUCCAGGAGAAAUGUUUGAACAAAUUGCUGACCCUGCUAGGAGACAACGAUGUCCGCAUACGCAACUAUGCCGGCGAGAAACUGCUUUGCUACAUCGAACGAACGUACAAUGUCGGAGAAGUCGGGAAGCGUCCGGACCAAAGCAUCGUCGAAAGCUUUGUGGAAAACUACGUUUUGUCCAGCUUUGCUGAACCAAUCGACAGACGCAAGUUUACACGUCCCUUGGAUACAACGUUUUUUGUGAAAGGUGUAGCGCAAAUUUUCUACACACUGAGCAAUCAGCUGCUCAACCUGGCCGAUCGGAAUCAAUUGCUCGGAACAGUGAAUUUCCUUAAGAUAUUCAUCGCCAAAUACGACCCCUUCGAGCUGGUUGAGCUCUGGAGCGAAUACAACCUAUUGAACGUGUUGCUCAGCCUGAUGUGCGAGCACACCGGAACGGCGUUGGAUCUAACCGCCCAACGUGAUCUGUUGGAAAUAUGUUCCACACUGAUGACUGUGAUCAUGGCAACACGGGGCAGCAUCAGCGCAGUCGACAACGAACUGAUCGACAGGUUCUUUUUCCAUCUGCUGAAGAUCAUGAACAUCUAUCAGCAUCUGUUUACGAACACCAAGCCGGUCAUCAUUCCGAGGGCCCAGAAGGGGGACCUGUUCAUAAACACCCGUGAGCUGCAGCUGGUGAAUUGCUUCGGAUACUUCGGGAGUGAUCAUUUCUAUCUGAAGCUGUACAGUCUACUGAGGAAUUCGUUCGAAAGUUAUAGGAUCACCAUCACCGCCGACGCGGGUCUAAAGCUGUUCGAUCUGCUACGCGCAACCAUCAGCAGUCUGUGGCGCCUGUUGGAAAUCAAAACCAUCUCCACCAUGACGAACGGAGCCAAGUUUAUCGAAGAAGUACUCCGCUACCUGUUGACGUUUCUCCCCUAUGAAACGGAGCACUGCGUUUGCUGCACAAAGUUCCUGCUCCAAUUCUUGUUUUCCUGUAAUUACAUCGACCGUAUGGACGAGGAGCUGGCGUACUUCCGCACGGCCGCUGAAACGCGGAAUCUGCCCGACGAGGAAGCCUGUCAAACGUUCCUUGACAGAUAUUACGAGUUUUGGAAGCUACAAACAGUGAGCUCGUGGGCCGAUCUUGGUGGUUGCAUCAAGCAGUUCGAACCGAUCGUGAUCGGGUGUCUGAAAGUGUUCUCCCGCACGACGGUACCGGUGCAGGCGGCCAUUCUGGAUUUGCUCUCCCAGCUACUUGAUUAUGGCGUCAAAUAUCAGCUACUAGAUUCGGGCAAUGUUUUCGUGGAUUAUGUGCUCAAGCAUGUCGAGCUGCUCGAGACCGGAAUGAUCCGUGGUUCGGAGCUAUUGAUCGAGAAGAUUGUCAAAUUUUUGUUCCUGCUAUCCCACUCAAAGGAACGCGCGAAGCUGGUCAACAUUCCGAAGAUCAUCAACAUCUGUGAUAACCUGCUGGCGAACGGGUUGAUCCGGGGUACGGCGAUAGCGGCCCUGCAGUCCCUGGCGCAUGAGAUAUUCUUCCUGCAUCGGGUACUAUCGACGGAUCGAGAGUCGAGUGAGCUGGCGCAAUCGGAAUCGGCCACCCAGAAGGAGGUUGUGCUGAACAUGAUAAUUAAGUUUCCCGGGGAGAUCAAGGGGUACGGGGUGUUGCCUAUGAUACUGUUGUCCACCCGUCAGUCACAAUCCUACAGGGGCGAGAUAUGGAACGCUUUGGUUAGCAUUAUGCAGGAUGGAAGAUUGACGAUAUGUAAUGAGCGGGAAAGAAUGGUUGUCUGUCAAACGCUACAAUCACUGGGGAAGGAUGCGCUGCUGGAGAGUAGAUCGCUGCAGAGCUUUUUGAAGAUUGUCUUUCUGUUGGGCGAAUGUCAGGAAAUUCCAAUGAAUCAGAAAAUAAUCUACUGGCAGAUGGUUCUCGAACGGGUUUUGCUCGAAACGGAAGAGGGGUAUCUUCUUAGCAAUAUUAAGCUGUUUCUCACCAAGGAAAAUGCGUUCGCCGGUAGCAAUUGCGAGGUUGAUGCUCUGGUUCAACUUCUGUGUGAUAUACUGUACGGUUCGAUCGAAAAUUAUCACGAAAAUCAGGGCGGUAUCUUUGGAGAGGAUUGUCUGAUUCAAUUGAUACAGAUCGUAGCCAAUUUUCGCAAAUUCAACAAGAUCAAUCAGAGCCUGCGGGUCAAAAUCGACCCCAAUCGGUUGUAUUCGAGCAAGAACAAUUUUAAGAUAAAAGCGAACAUUUUAGAGCUUCUUGUCAAAAUUAAUUAUCCCACGACGAAGCUACUGGCGAUUGUUGAUGAGCCCUAUAAACCGGUAAGGACGGAACAAAUGGUUCGACAUCUGCUGGAGUUACUCUUCGAUUGCAAAUACCGCCAAUCCGAUUGGAUGUCAGAGGAAAUUAGUGCACUUAUAGAUGAUCAUUUUGACACCUUAAAGAAUCACUUCGACGGGUUCCUGUCCAAACACGUGGCGUCCAUCGAACACUCCUCCGCGAUUGUAUCGAAAAUUGUUCAUAAUUUCGACGCAUCCAAACCGGACUUCAAACAGCUGAAUCUUCUCGAGGAAUCCCACUUGAGCAAUCUGCCCCUCUUCAUCGAGCAACUAACGAAGCUCCUAUCGAACAAAAACAUUGCUGUAGCUCGCAAGUCAGCUCUGAUAAUCGAUGCCAAAUUGACCGCCCUCCUGAAGCUAGAAGCACCCCAAAGCGAUGCACUCCUACCCAAAUCGCAGUGGUACGAACUGAUGGUCCUUUUCACUCCCGAAUUGCGGAAAAAAUUCCCGAAACCAUUCCGAUCCCUUCUUUCGCUGGCUCGUUGCUACGAGGCGAUGAACCCACCGGAGGAGUUAAUCACCCCCGCCGAUACCAAUGUGCAAGCGAUGAAACAACUCAUCGCCGAUGACUCGUGGUUCACGAGGCAAAUCAGUUUCCACUGCGGCGGAGCUUCGUACACCAAACCAAAGAACAUUUCCCGCAUGCUUCUGGAAGUGAACUCCGAAAGCAAGCAGAUAAAUUUGCUCUCCGGCGGUAGUUUCAACCUUCGCCUGCUCCGGGAAGUCAUUGGAACUGCGUUCGAGCAUAUGUUGCAUACUUUCCGGGUGGAUUGCAUUCAGUUCAACCCGCAUCUGAACUAUCUGAAGGUUCAUCCGAUGCUGAAGGUUGGCCUGAUCGUCCUAAUGAGAAAGCUCGAUGAAAUUGUGACUUGCUCGGAGAGCGACGAAAAAAUGGUACUCCACUGUCUCAAAGCGACUAUUUGUUUCCUGGAGAACCUCAACCGCAUGGAACACAUUUGUCUGAUGUACGUGGAAGCGCGUUUCCUCGAUCGUUUCGUCAAGGAUCACAUACUCAAGUCGAACUUUUUCGAAACUCUGCUGUUGUUUGCCAGAAAAUGCGCACAACUGUUGAUGGCGAAAAUCCAAUCUGAUGGACUGCGAGACACCACUUCGCUGGAACUGUACCUGAGAAGCAUCGACCUAACCUUGCGGCAAAAGUAUCUGUGGACGGAACUGAACCAGAACGAUAAGUUCCGCGACGAUCAGACAUUCUAUCUGUGUGUCGUGGUUGACAUUCUGAAGCUUCACCUUCGGGGUACCACAUUCCUCAGACGCUACCGCCCACCGGAAGUGUUCGCGGAGCACAUCAAGACCAAAUACGAUCAGGCGGAACCCUUUCUGCAGGCGAUCUUCAUCGCGGAGUAUGUUUCCGAGACACGAAACUGGGCCGAGGAAAACGACCGACUGCAACCGCAGCAGCAGUCACUGUUGAAAGCGUUGGAAUCGGUGGCGAUCGCGGUGCUCAAAACCGAUCGUUUUUACGCGUUUGCGUUGACUCCGGCGGAGGUGUUCAAUUGUUACAAUUUCGACGUUGAUGUAGAACUGCUGAAACUACCUUCGGUUCCGAUUGAUUAUCUGUACGAGUUGGACACGCUGGAGGUUUUUCUGAGGAGGGUAAACAUUUUUGGAUACUCCUCCAAGCAACAGUUCGAGGAGAUUUUUAUGUCUCUUCUGGUGCUAAUCAAUAAGGAAGGUGACCCGGAUAUGAUAAAUUACCAGGAACAAUACGAGAUCAAAAGCAUGUGCCUGCGAGCGAUGACCGAUCUGCUUUUGUCGUGUUACAAAUACCCUCGGAUAGGUUUCAGCGACAGCAAAUUCCACCACGUUCCUCGCAAUCCAUCCAUCAAGUUUGACUCGGUUGGCUUGAAGAAGCUCCACCACAUUCAGCUACAGAUACCCACGAAUGGAAUUUUCUACCAGCCAAAUUUGGAGCGGACGCUGCAGGCACCCACCACCGGGGAUAGCAUGAGCUGUGGUGCUGACAGCGCCAUCGGAACGGCAAUUUUUGCCGUGAAUCAGUAUUCCGUGCGCUACUCUUGGCAGGCGCUGGAGGGCAUGCCGAGUGAAUCUCUGACUGCUAAAAAUUUGAACUAUUUUAUCGAGAAGACAAAUUUGGAUGUGAUGAGUUCGGUGCAGCUGUUUUACGAUGUCCUGGCACAACUACUGGAGGAAAACUUUGCACUAGCCUUACCCCACUUGGUGCGGUUCUGCGAAAUCUGUGGAAAUCGUGAUCAAAUUCGACAACUGUACACUAGGCUCGUAGAGCUGCAGGAGCGCGUCGCAAUGGAGGACACCCUUUCCCAGCAGCACAUCAUCUACUUGCUGUGCAAAAUGGCUGCACUGCUAGUACCUUCAAUCGCCGAGUUGACCCACCUCUGUGCAAUGAUUCCGACGUAUCUCAAGAGCACCCAGCUGUACAUACGGAACGCGACGCUCCAUGGACUGAUGUGUCUGCUGGAGUGUCUUGUUGCGUCCAAUACAACGAUAGGAGGGCUUAGCGAAGAGUUGCAGCUUCUGCGCAAUGUUAUUGUGAAUUACAUCGUCAAGCACGGGAUUAUUGAUGAGAGUUCAACGGCAUUUAGUGAUAUGCAUACAAGGCUAGUGUGGACACUGAAUUUUUAUCUGAUUGAAAACACAACUCGAUUCGUUGCCGAUUGCAACCUGCUUUCGAACACCAUAAUAUCGGCGAACAACAUAUUAAAACGAACCAUAAACUUGGAGAUCUAUCUCUGUAUCCUAAAUGGGCUCGAACGGCUUGUCCUCGCCAACACCACCACUCGGCCUCUGCUGGAGAAGGUAGAGAAGCUGGCCCUGGACCUGGUCAAGCUGGACAACGAGAUGUUUUCGCUGGCCGCCCUGAAGCUGUUGGUGACAUGCAUCUACCACAGCUCCACCGAUCAGCUGGAGAACACCGAGCGCUCGAACGGAAUCGUACAGGACGAACCGGACAUUAUCAUUCAGCAGAUCGAAAAAAUUGAGAUUCUGUUUGCCAAAAUUCGCACAACCACUCCCCAAGGUGCCAAAGUGUUCGGCGAUGUGCUCUGCCAGCUGAUCCGGGAUUUGCUCCCGCCCAACGAAAUACUGACCAAAGUUUUCAAAGAACUGAUGCUGAAUCAGCCCAACCCGGACACGAUUGCCACCGUGACGCAUCAGGUGUUUCGGUCCGCGAUCGAUUGCUCCUAUCUGACGUUGCUGCAGGAGUGGCUGUUGUGCUCUUUGCCGAACUUCCUGUCGUUGUCCCAGAUCAACAAAUCGGUCUGGUGUCUCACGGUUAUUUUCAUUUCCGCCUCUCUCAAUCAGCAUCUGCUGAAGCUGUUCCCGGAAAUCCUAUCGCUGCCAUCCUAUCAGCAGCUGAACGAACGCGAGGUGAACAAUUUCAUCCUCUCGGCGAAGGAUUUCUACCGCAAGCUGGACCAACCGCAGAAGACCAAGUUCAGGGAGAUUUUCCAGCAGAAUGAUUCGGCUGUGUACCGAAGUCUGCUACAGUGUUUGGACGAAAGGUGCCCCGGUAAGACCGUCGACGGGUUAUCUGUAAGUAUUUUUUGAAAGACUAACAGAGUUUAACUGUUUAUUUUUUUCCUCUCCACCCACUUUAAAUGUUCUUGUUACUAUUUAUAACGAAAAAGUGCAAUGGAACGAAUGAAAUAUAUACAAGAUAGAGAAU